AUGGUUACCGGGAAUCAUUUCCACAUCCUUGUUAGACAGGAAUUGGAAUACUAUAUGCCUGCUAGAGGCCUCGUAUCUGCUGAACAACUGCUGGUAGAUUCUAAAGAUUCGACGAAGAAGUACCAACACAAUACAAACCGAUGGAAAUGCGGAUCUGAAACGAAAAUGGUUGAUUAUGAAGAUUUGACGACGAAGUAUGAACAAAAUCCAAACCGAUGUGUAUGA